GUCCAACAACCUUUUUGUUUUUUAUCCUAAUUCUUUAUGAAUCCAUAUACACAGACAUCGCCGCAACAACCGACAUCGUCUUCCUCAACACCACUUUCAUUCGUACGUUCACCUAAUACUCACCACGGUGACCCGCAGGAAACUUCCUCAGCCGCGCUACGCCGUACCAAAAAGAGUCGCGCUUGCGAUCUGUGUCGGCGGAAGAAAAUUAGAUGUGAUUAUGAUCAGAUGCUGCCUCAACGACCUUGUACGUCAUGUCACAGUUACGGCAAGUUUUGUACAUUUGACGAGGCGGCCAAAAAGCGCGGGCCUCCCAAAGGGUAUGUGGAAGGGUUAGAGUCGCGCCUACGUCGAAUGGAGAAACUGCUUGUCAAUAUUGCCAGUUCUGGCAAUUUUUCUUCCGAUGCGUUACGAGAUAUGCUUGGACAAGCGGAUGAUCACUCACACACUGCGUCCCCCUCGCCCUCUUUCGAAGACAGCGACCAUGAACCAUCCUCCACCCCUUCCGCCUCCGCCUCACCUCCUCCUCAGUCCCGCGUCACUCAGCGUAAACGAUCUAGAGCUUCUUCAACCUCUACAGAACCUUCAACGGAACGGAAGCCGGCUUCCGUAGAACAAAAUAGUCAUGGCCAUCCUCAGGAAGAAAGUGAUUACUCUUACAUGGGCAGCUCCUCGGGCGUGUAUAUGCUGAAUAAAAUGUUCCCUGACGACGAUCCUGACAAUAAAAAAUGCAAGCGAAAUCGACCUUUGCAAGGCAACGAAGACGAUAUCAUGAUUGCGCGAUUUGAUCACACCGGUGACUUUUGGCUCGGCACCAACAAAAAGGACAAGGCACCCUGGGAAUUACCGCAUCAAGAGGUGGUCGAUCGAUUGGUGGAAAUUUAUUUUACACAAGUGAAUGUGUUUCUACCGAUCAUUGAUGAAUCUUACUUUAUGGAUCAGUAUCGUCAUCAUUAUCAGACCCUGUCACAACCUCUUCUAUUCACUGUUUGCCGCGCCGCGAGUCGGUUGCUGAGCGACGACGAUCCCGUAGCGCAAAAACAUGGAGUACGCCACGAUGUCUUAUUUCGCAACUUGUCAGAUCAACUGCAAAACAAGUACGAACUCGAUUUCUUGAAACCGUCCCUGGACACCAUUCAAGUCUUGCUUCUAGGAGCCUCCUGUGCGAGAACCUGGGGCUCCGAAAGUCAAAAUUGGUUAGGCACCAGUAUCGCUGUAAAAAUGGCUCAGGAUUUAGGAUUGCAUCGAUCCAAUACACAACUGAAUAUGAGAAAUCAAGAAUCUGGCCGGCGAUUAUGGUGGUCGGCAUAUGUUAUUGACCGAUGGGUGUCUGCCGCUUUGGGAAGACCCUUGAUGAUUUCUGAUGCGGAUUGCGACGUGGAAUAUCCUGCGACGGGUGAGGAUCCGACGUUUAGCGUAUUCAUUCCCCUGGUAAAAUUAUCGGCCAUUCUUGGCGACGUGCUACGCAAACUGUAUUCGCCUCGAGCUCGUGCGAUGUACGAUAAACGAAUCAAACUUGAAGCUGUGGCCGAUUCCGUGGUGCAAAGGCUCAAAGACUGGAAAGCAUCGUUGCCCAGUCAUCUCGUAUUGACCGAGGACGAACUGCAUCGACUCCAAACCUCGGUCGUGUCUCCGUCAUUGCGGCAUAAAAUGAAUCACGGUGCGGGUCAACUGACGGUUGCGGGGAAUAUCGUUCAUUUAAUGUGCCAAUGUCCUUACGUGGCCAAAGCAGACAAGGAUUUGGCGGUAGAUCGCGUCCCCAUGGAAUGUAUCGGACUGCUGAAAUUGAAUGUCAGCAUUCUGGCUGCCAUGGAUGUAGAAUCUCUCUUCAGUUUCGGAUGGUCGCUUAGCAGCUAUUGUUUGCUGCAAACGCAAAUGAUGAUCCUGUGGAACCAUAAAAAUGUCGAACCCAAAGUGGGCGAGGAAGCACGACAACAAUCGCAAGAGCUCAAAACUGUUUUCACGCGACUGGAGAAAUAUAUACCAGACCGAUCCAUUGUUCCAUUUUUAGAAGGUUUAACAAAGUAUCUGAACGAUGAAGAUCUCAGCAAACCCACGGCAGACGAUGCAUCGUCUGUUCAGCCGACGGACGCGAACCAUUCACAAACGUUCUUCCAGUUGCCUGUGGAACAACAACGGUCCUUUUGGGGUGCGUUUACUGGUAUGGAUUGGCAAGAAAUGAACAUGAUAUUAGCUCAAGCUGGGUAUCAAUUUUAAGAAAGAAAGCGCAUCUCAUGGGCUUUCGGGAAAUAGACGACCCUGUUAAACCCCCCGGGAAUCACUUCCGUUGCAUAUCCUCAUUCAGCGGAUUCCCGGGGGAAUCAGGUUUAGGUUGUAUCGUUUUUCC